AUGUUCACCAGGGGUCAGUUCGCGACCAUCGCGGCCGCGACCGUGACGACGCUUUUGUUGGAAAUCAACAAGGCCAUGCCCACUCCGUACAUGGACGAGGUCUUCCAUGUUGGCCAGACCCAGCGAUACUGUCGCGGUGAAUUCUGGGAGUGGGACCCCAAGAUCACGACUUUCCCUGGCCUGUACCUGAUCGGGAGCGCCGUCGGGGUGCUGGCAGACGCAUUGCAAAUAGGCCCACAGGGGUCCAUCUGCAGCGUGGCCGCGCUCCGCACCGUGACCGUCCUCCUCGCCGUGGCCUGCGUACCCGUCUUCUUUGCCACGGCUAAGCUGGCGGUGCCUUCACGCACCGAAACCCAGGCCCUCCUCAUCGCAGCGCUCUGCUGCCUGCUCCCCACCCACUUCUUCUUCGCCUUCCUGUACUACACCGACGUGGCCUCCACGCUGGCCACGAUGGGUGCCUAUGCGGCGUCCCUGCAGGGCCGCCAUGCCCUGUCGGCCGUCGCGGCGGCGGCCGCCAUCGCCGUGCGCCAGACCAAUGCGGUGUGGGUGGCCUUCAUGGUCGGCGCGGGCGUCCUGCGCGACGCCGGCGUCGCGCGCGGCGGUGUCGAGGUCGAGGCCCGAGCGCUGCUGGCCUGGCUGCGCGCCCCGCGCAACUGGAGCCUACUGGCGCGGAACUGGGGCGCGCACGCCGCCCUGCUGGCAGUCUUUGCCGGCUUCCUGGUCGCCAACGGCGGCGUGGCGGUGGGCGACCGUGCGCACCACGCCCCCGCGCUCCACGUCGUGCAGCUGUGCUACGCCGCCGCAUUUGCCUCGCUGGCGGCGGGCGCCGCGCUGGCGCCUGAGGCGGCGCGUGUGGCGCGCCAUGCCGCCUCACGGCCGGGCCUGGCCGCCGCGGCGUGCGUCGCGUGUGGUGCGGCGGUGGCCGCUACCACGCGCGCGCACCCCUUCCUGCUGGCGGACAACCGGCACUACAUGUUCUACGUCUGGCGGCGCCUCAUCGCGCCCGCGCCGCUGCUGUGGGUGCCGGCGUACGCGCUGGCGCUGGGCUCGCUGUGGACCGGGCUGGGCCGGGCCAACGGCGCGCUCUGGCGGCUGGGCCUGCUCCUGUCCACCGCCCUGGUGCUGGUGCCGUCGCCGCUGGUGGAGCCGCGCUACUUCACCGUGCCCACGCUCCUGGUGCUGCUCCAUGGCCCGGCGCCGGGGACCAAGGCCGGGGUCGCGGGCGCCGCGGCCUUUGCCGCACUGAACAUCGCGACCCUGCUCGUCAUGGCGCAUCGACCUUUCAUCUGGGGGGACGGCACGGUGGCACGGUUCAUGUGGUGA